AUGAAAAAAGAGGAACCAAAAGCAAAAGCAGAGAUGAUGAAAGAUCAAUGGUUUUUUGUGUUUCUCUGUUCUACGAGAAAAUCACGAAUUGUCUCAUGUGCCAAUACACCUUCCCAUUUUUUGAUACCCCCCGAAUUCCCAUUGUUCCCUGUUGCUACUUGGCUGUUCCUUACUCUUACCUCCCUCCUGUCGUCCCUCCCCUCAUGUCCCAUUUGGCUACCCUCCUCCCCCCAAUUCAGACCCUUACCCCUCUUCUCUUCUUCUAUAUUGGCGCUCAUCUUUGUCCAUAGAGGAACUGGCAUGUUGCAACGUGCUCGCUAG